AUUUCCGGGUAAACGGGAGCCCGGGCGACCGGGUUUCUGUGAAACAUGGCGGUCGGCUGGGAUCGUAGCACAAGCAUGACUAUAUGAAAGAAGAAGAAGGUUUUCCUGAAGAUGAGGCGACUGAAUCGGAAGAAAACCUUAAGUUUGGUGAAAGAGUUGGAUGCCUUUCCGAAAGUUCCUGACAGCUAUGUAGAGACUUCAGCCAGUGGGGGUACAGUUUCUCUAAUAGCAUUUACCACUAUGGCUUUAUUAACUAUAAUGGAAUUUUCAGUAUAUCAAGAUACAUGGAUGAAGUAUGAAUAUGAAGUAGACAAGGAUUUUUCUAGCAAAUUGAGAAUCAAUAUAGAUAUUACUGUUGCCAUGAAGUGUCAGUAUAUUGGAGCAGAUGUAUUGGAUUUAGCAGAAACAAUGGUUGCAUCUGCAGAUGGUCUAGUUUAUGAACCAGCAAUAUUUGAUCUUUCACCACAGCAAAAAGAGUGGCAGAGGAUGCUACAGCUAAUUCAGAGUAGGCUGCAAGAAGAACAUUCACUUCAAGAUGUGAUAUUUAAAAGUGCUUUUAAAAGUACAUCAACAGCACUUCCACCAAGGGAAGAUGAUUCAUCACAGCCUCCAGAUGCUUGCAGAAUUCGUGGUCAUCUAUAUGUCAAUAAAGUAGCAGGGAAUUUUCACAUAACUGUGGGCAAGGCAAUUCCACAUCCCCGAGGUCACGCACACUUGGCAGCACUUGUCAACCAUGACUCUUACAAUUUUUCUCAUAGAAUAGAUCAUUUGUCUUUUGGAGAGCUUGUUCCAGGAAUUAUUAAUCCUUUAGAUGGAACUGAAAAAAUUGCGUUAGAUCACAACCAGAUGUUCCAAUAUUUUAUUACAAUCGUGCCAACAAAACUACAUACAUAUAAAAUUUCAGCAGACACCCAUCAGUUUUCUGUGACAGAAAGGGAACGUGUCAUUAACCAUGCUGCAGGCAGCCAUGGAGUCUCUGGAAUUUUUAUGAAAUAUGAUCUCAGCUCUCUCAUGGUGACAGUUACUGAGGAGCAUAUGCCAUUCUGGCAGUUUUUUGUAAGGCUUUGUGGUAUUGUUGGUGGAAUCUUUUCAACAACAGGCAUGUUACAUGGGAUUGGAAAAUUUAUAGUCGAAAUAAUUUACUGUCGUUUCAGACUUGGAGCCUACAAACCCGUCAAUUCUAUUCCCUUUGAAGAUGGCCACACAGACAACCACUUACCUCUUUUAGAAAAUAAUACACAUUAGCACCUCCCAAGUAAAGGAGAAAAACUUUUUGUCUGAGACGUAAAACCUUUUUUAAUAAUAAAAUAUUGUGCAAUAUAUUCAAAGAAAAGAAAAUAUGAAUGAGAAGCAGGAAUAACCCUAGGGAAAAAAAAAAAAAGAAAAGAAAACCCAAACUGAAAUCCUAUAUGUGUUGUGUCUGUUACAAAUGUCCUAGAAGAAAUUAUGCAGCUAAUCUAAUCAGUGAAUAAGCCCAACUGGAAUAUUGCAUUGAAGAUGACCCCUUCUGAUAUUUUCAUAGCAAACGGCAGUAUCGAAAUCAAACCUUGCUUCUUGAUGACAAAGAGCCUGAAGGAAGAAGUCAAACCACAUCUAAAGAAAAUAGCAUUGAUAAGUGCAAAUGUUUGCAUCUGUUUGUUUUUAAAAGAUAUAUCAGAAUAAAAUAUGUAAAACAUGUGGAAAACUAGUCUAGACUUUAAAAAGUGUGGUCAGGUCACAUUGUUAAUAAAGGAAGAGAGGGAGGGGCCCCUGUGUUAUAGCCAUAUUACUGUUAAGCCAUAACGACAAGACCAUUUAUUCAAUAAUUCAGUCUUAGGACGGUUACUGCUUUUCUUUAAACUCUGGUGAUUGACUUUUCUGAUCAGGUCAAGGUCAUGAAAGACUAAGGUGAAUUCUUACAGGGGCAGGUACAUAGAUGCUAUACUAUGUAAUAGAGGUAUCAUUCACAGACUAUAUAGUGAGCACUUAUACAGGGAGAAGAAAGCACAUGUUUAAAAAAGAUGGUAAGUUUCCUAAUCUGAUCCUUAUUAUUGGUAUACUUUGGGAACGGGGUGAGUAAUAAAAAGAUCAACUACUAAUGAUGAAAAUUACCAGUCUGUAAAAGAUUAGGAGGAUAAGUAGCAUAUUUUGUGUGUGUUGUGGUGAGUGGGCAACAGGGUAACUUUAAAUAAAAUAGAAGUAUGAGGCAAAUAUUUAAGUAAGACAAGAUAACGUCAGAUCUGAGAGAUUAUAAUAUUAAACAAUGUCCGUUAAACUGUAAAACUGUAUUAUCAAAGAAGUAUCUGCAUUCAGAAUGUCCUGAAUGUGAUUGAUUCUGUAUUAGAUUGUGUUGGUCUAGCUUUCUUACUAUUUAAGGAUGGAUUUUAAAUUUAUAGACUAUAAAAGAUUGAAAAUAAUGAGAGGGGUAUAUCACUCAGGUGCUGUUAAAAACUAAAUUUGGAAUAUGUGUGCCAAUAUCAUUUUUCUUUUUGUAAUACUUGAUAGUAGAAGAAUCAUCAACCAAUCCUCAUGGUUUAAGUCACUUAGGAAAAUGGGGAGACAAAAUUCCAGGUAAGUAACAAGGCCAAGAUUAAAAGACAAGAUUUAAAAUGGUGGUUUUUAGAGAACAGGGCAUCACGCAUUAGAGUUUUUCAAAUUGCAUUAUUUUAAAAGAUAAAAGAAAGGUCAAACAGUUGGGGCAGAUAAUGUAAUGGAGAGAAGGAGAAAUACUGAUAAAACUACUUUUCAUUCAAGCUUAUGUGGAAUGGUAUUUUGCAGAUAAUAACAGAAGUAUCAUUGUUUAAGAUAUACAGUUUAUCAUUGAGCCAUUAAAUUAACUGAUUAAUAUAGGUAACAAACAUGCUUUGAAAGGUUUUUGAAUUUAGAAAAUUCCAAAUAAUGAAUGGUUAUCUCCGUAUUUCUGAUUUCUUUUCUUCAGAUAUUAUUUCCAGUGAAGGUAGACUAGGAAAAGGAAUUUUAAUUAGAGAGAAUUAAAGUUUUAGCUGUUUUA